UAAGCUUUCCAGGAAGGAAUGCAGUUUCCAGAGAAUAGUUCGGAUCUACUUCAAAUUGUUUUGGUACAACGAAAAGCGAGCUGACGACUGCUUGACAGCCGAAUACUUCAGAGAAGUGACGCAAACACGUUCGCUUUAAGGAAUAUUGGGCCUUCUGCGCAGCCGUAGAUACGCCAAGUGCGCCUGCGCAUAAGAGUAGCGGCGUUGACUCAGGCAGGUAGUGGAGGAAACUGCGGUAGCAACCCUCAAACCUCGCCAUGAAGACCCGCUUUAGCACCAUUGACCUCCGCGCGGUAGUCGCGGAGCUGAAUGCCAGCUUGCUAGGAAUGAGAGUAAACAAUGUUUACGAUGUGGAUAAUAAGACAUACCUUAUUCGUCUUCAAAAACCAGAUUUUAAAGCUACACUUUUACUUGAAUCUGGCAUACGAAUUCACACGACAGAAUUCGAGUGGCCUAAGAAUAUGAUGCCGUCUAGUUUUGCCAUGAAGUGCCGAAAACAUUUGAAGAGUCGAAGAUUAGUCAGUGCAAAACAGCUUGGUGUGGAUAGAAUUGUAGAUUUUCAGUUUGGAAGUGAUGAAGCUGCUUAUCACUUAAUCAUUGAGCUCUAUGAUAGGGGGAACAUUGUCCUUACAGAUUAUGAAUACCUAAUUUUAAAUAUCCUAAGAUUUCGAACUGAUGAGUCAGAUGAUGUUAAAUUUGCCGUUCGUGAACGCUAUCCAAUUGAUCACGCUAGAGCUGCCGAACCUUUGCUUACCUUGGAAAGAUUGACUGAAAUAAUAAGCAGUGCACCUAAAGGUGAACUAUUGAAGAGAGUUCUUAACCCAUUGCUUCCCUAUGGACCAGCUGUCAUAGAACACUGUUUAAUAGAAAAUGGAUUCUCUGGCAAUGUCAAAGUGGAUGAAAAAUUUGAAAGUAAAGAUAUUGAAAAAGUACUUAUUUGUCUACAGAAAGCAGAAGACUAUAUGAAAACAACAUCCAACUUCAGUGGAAAGGGUUAUAUUAUUCAGAAAAGAGAAAUAAAACCAAGCCUGGAAAUAGAUAAACCAACUGAAGACAUACUCACGUAUGAGGAAUUUCAUCCUUUCUUGUUUUCUCAACAUUCACAAUGUCCAUAUAUAGAAUUUGAAUCAUUUGACAAGGCCGUGGAUGAAUUUUAUUCCAAAAUAGAAGGUCAGAAAAUAGACUUAAAAGCUUUACAACAGGAAAAACAAGCAUUGAAGAAAUUAGAUAAUGUCCGAAAGGAUCAUGAAAACAGAUUAGAAGCUCUUCAGCAGGCUCAGGAAAUAGACAAACUUAAAGGAGAGCUUAUAGAAAUGAACCUACAGAUAGUUGACAGAGCCAUUCAGGUUGUUCGAAGUGCUUUAGCCAACCAGAUAGAUUGGACAGAAAUCGGAUUAAUUGUGAAAGAAGCCCAAGCUCAAGGUGACCCUGUUGCAAAUGCAAUCAAAGAAUUAAAACUACAAACAAAUCAUGUUACGAUGCUGCUAAGAAAUCCAUACUUGUUGUCAGAGGAGGAAGAUGAUGAUGCUGAUGGUGACAUCAAUACUGAGAAAAAUGAAACUGAACCACCAAAAGGAAAAAAGAAAAAGCAAAAGAAUAAACAACUGCAGAAGCCUCAGAAAAAUAGGCCAUUGCUUGUUGAUGUUGAUCUCAGCUUGUCAGCAUAUGCCAAUGCCAAAAAGUAUUAUGAUCACAAGAGAUAUGCUGCUAAGAAAACACAGAAGACUGUUGAAGCUGCUGAGAAGGCAUUCAAAUCAGCAGAAAAGAAAACAAAGCAGACCUUAAAAGAAGUCCAAACAGUUACUUCUAUUCAAAAAGCAAGAAAAGUAUAUUGGUUUGAGAAAUUUCUCUGGUUCAUUAGCUCAGAGAACUAUCUAAUUAUUGGUGGACGAGAUCAGCAACAAAAUGAAAUAAUUGUGAAAAGAUACUUGACACCAGGGGACAUUUAUGUACAUGCUGACCUUCAUGGAGCAACUAGCUGUGUAAUUAAGAAUCCAACAGGAGAACCGAUUCCCCCUCGGACCUUGACUGAAGCUGGCACGAUGGCACUUUGCUACAGUGCUGCUUGGGAUGCACGAGUUAUCACUAGUGCUUGGUGGGUGUACCAUCAUCAGGUGUCUAAAACAGCACCAACUGGAGAAUAUUUGACAACAGGAAGCUUCAUGAUAAGAGGAAAAAAGAAUUUCCUUCCUCCCUCCUAUCUAAUGAUGGGGUUUAGUUUCCUUUUUAAGGUAGAUGAGUCUUGUGUUUGGAGACAUCGGGGUGAACGAAAAGUCAGAGUGCAGGAUGAAGACAUGGAGACACUGGCAAGUUGCACAAGUGAACUCAUAUCAGAAGAAAUGGAACAACUAGAUGGAGGUGACAGUAGCAGUGAAGAAGAUAAAGAAGAAUUACAUGAAACUCCUGCGGAAGUAGAACUUGUGACUCAGAUUGACCACGAGGAUAUUACUAUUCAGAGUGGUGGUGAUGAGCUAAAUGAAGAACUAAUUCAGGAAGAAAGCUCUGAAGAUGGAGAAUCUGAGGAGAUGGUAAAAGAUCAGGAACCUGCUGGUGAAGUAAAGGCUGAAGGGGAAGAGACAUUAAAUUAUCCUGAUACUACAAUUGACUUGUCCCACCUUCAAUCCCAGAGGUCCCUCCAGAAAUUGACUUCAAAAGAGGAAUCUUCUAAUAUGAGUGACAGUAAAUUGCAGAGUCGGAGGCAUUUGUCAGCCAAAGAAAGAAGAGAAAUGAAGAAGAAAAAGGUUACCAGUGACUCAGGGGAUUUAGAAAUAGUAGAAGGAAAGGACAAAGAAAAAGAAAAUACUCUGCACGUUGAAACUCAUCAGAACACAAGCAGAAAUGUCCCAGCUGUGCAGCCAAUGAAACGAGGACAAAAGAGUAAAAUGAAAAAAAUGAAGGAAAAAUACAAAGACCAAGAUGAAGAAGAACGUGAACUCAUUAUGAAAUUGCUUGGGUCUGCAGGUUCAAACAAAGAAGAAAAAGGGAAGAAGGGGAAGAAAGGUAAAAUAAAGGAUGAACCAGUGAAGAAACAGCCCCAGAAACCUAGAGGUGGACAAAGGGCUUCAGAAAGCAUAAAGAAAGAAACCCCAUCCCUUGAUGUUACAACCCAUGAGUUACAAGACUUGGCUGUAGAUGAUCCACAUGAUGAUAAGGAAGAACAAGAUUUGGACCAACAAGGAAAUGAGGAAAAUCUGUUUGACUCGUUAACAGGGCAGCCACAUCCUGAAGAUGUAAUACUGUUUGCCAUUCCAAUAUGUGCCCCCUACACCACCAUGGCAAACUAUAAAUACAAAGUGAAACUUACUCCUGGAGUUCAGAAAAAGGGAAAAGCUGCAAAAACAGCCUUGAAUAGUUUCAUGCAUUCCAAAGAAGCAACAACAAGAGAAAAAGACUUAUUCCGCAGCGUGAAGGACACGGAUUUAUCAAGAAACAUUCCUGGGAAAGUGAAAGUUUCUGCACCCAAUCUUCUGAAUGUAAAAAGAAAAUAGCUGAAAUGAAAUCCUAAAAUACUUGAAGAGCCAAUUUUAUAGCCUUUUGGAAGUUCAGAGAUGAAAACAUCAUGUAACAAGACUUCCACAUUUAAAAAUGAACUAAACAUUGCCUUGCUGUAUUCACCAAAAGGACUUUAUUCUUUUUUUUUUCCAGUUUUAUAGGGAGGAAACUGUCUAUGAUAGGAUUUCCUAAAAUAUUUGUGGACGGCUAAGUGCUAAUUGUAUACAUCUGUAGUUAUUCUACAUUUUCCUGAAAUUUGGGGGGUUAAUAUUAAGUAUUCAUUUCAUGUUGUAAAGAAAUCAAAUAGUUAAGUGGCGCAACUGCUCAGACUAUUCUUGGUAGUCCACUGUACAUGAUGUCUAAUAUAUUGAUUACUCACAGGCCAAUCACAGGUUUCUUUUUCUGGUGGGGGUUGAGGGUGGUUAAACAUUUAAGAUUCCAAGUAUUGGAAUACUUGAAAUACUUGGAAACCCUAAGUAUUGAAGGAGUAGUACACGUCCUUCUGCUUUUACACUUACCAAAAAAUAUAUUAGACCAGAUUUUAAAUACAGAUAAUUUCCAUGACUCAGCUUAAAUAACAUCUAGAAGAAAUUGGUGUUGAUCAUUUUUAUGUAUUUAUACACCUUUACUUUUCACUUUAAUUUAUUCCUUGUAAUCUCAUUCAGCUCUGUACCAUUUUCCACCUCUUGUAAAUAGAAGUAGCAUGUUACAGAGUAUCUUAACCUGUUACAUAAUAUCAUAAGGGCACUUUUAGGCUUACCACUAUUAAGAUUCCCGACCUAGCUUUCUUCUACUGUCUCCUACCAGAAUGGAGUAUAAAGUCAUACAUUAUUUCCAUUCUUUUAUGCGCUACAAAACUUACUUUUUAAGUAGUUAGACAACAGCUGCCUUUAGUCAACAUGAGCAUUUGUCCCUGCCCCUACACCAAAGCAUUAAGGUCAAAGUACUGAAUGGCUGCUGGUCCUUCCAAGGUUUCUUUUACCAGCUUAGUCUUGUUAAGAAUAUUUUUCCAUUUUAAAUUAAUGUUUAAAAAUUUUUUUUAUGUAGCCUACUGUUGUAAAUACAACAUGAUAGACUACUCCUGCCAUUAAAAGAAAAAAAAA